AUGGCGUUUGUAUUGAAUAAAACGCUAGGUCCGAUUGUGUCUCGGCGACUUUUACAACGUGUUAUAACGACGACGACGGCUCGCCAACAACAGCUUCGUUUUCGUUCUCGUUUACCAUAUAAUACAGUUGUUCUAUUCGUUCCACAACAAGAAGCAUGGGUUGUCGAACGUAUGGGAAAAUUCUUUAAAACUCUAAACCCUGGUUUGAACUUUUUACUUCCGGUUUUGGAUAGUAUUCGUUAUGUGCAAAGUUUAAAAGAAAUAGCAAUCGAAAUUCCAAGUCAAACAGCUAUUUCAAAAGACAAUGUAACAUUGACGAUUGAUGGUGUAUUAUAUCUCAAAGUUUAUGAUGCUUAUUUGGCUAGUUACGGUGUUGAAGAUGCUGAAUUUGCUGUAACACAACUUGCACAAACAACUAUGCGUUCGGAAAUUGGUAAAAUUGCAUUGGAUACACUAUUUCGCGAGAGAGAAUCACUCAAUGUCGGUAUUGUUGAGGCUAUCAAUAAAGCAGCGAAAGCAUGGGGUAUUGUUUGCUUAAGAUACGAAAUUCGUGACAUUCGUCUUCCGGCUAAAGUUCAAGAAGCGAUGCAAAUGCAAGUGGAAGCUGAACGACGUAAACGAGCUACAGUUUUAGAAAGUGAAGGUGUCCGUGAAGCACAAAUUAAUAAAGCUGAAGGUACAAAACAAGCAACAAUCUUAGCUAGUGAAGGUUUUAAACUUGAACAAAUCAACAAUGCUAACGGUGAAGCCGAAGCGAUUCGUGCUAAAGCUAAUGCACGUGCAGAAGCUCUUAAAAUAGUUUCUGAUCAAUUGCAAUCCGAGCAAGGACGCAAUGCUGCUUCAUUUCAAAUUGCUGAACAGUAUGUUCACGCAUUUGGGAAUCUUGCUCGUACAAAUAAUACAAUUCUUUUGCCGAGCAACACUGGUGACAUGUCGUCGAUGGUGGCAUCAGCGUUAUCUAUUUAUAAAAAUCUAGAAACGAAAGAUCUCCAAAGUUUAACUUCAAGAUCCUCUGCCAUUGAAUCAGCUCACACCGAUGUACAACCUGUUAAAAAAUCAACUAGUGCAAAAGAUAAACAAUAG